AGCUCCACAUUGCGCGCGCGUGCUCGUAUGCGCGCUCACGUCUGCUAUUGUGUUUUUAUCAACAAGGAGACCCGCACCGUGGCCCUGAGGGGAUCUGAGCUGACUGAACCACAAGACAAGAGACUGCAAAGCCAUGGCGGACGAGCAAGAAAUAAUGUGCAAAUUAGAGAAUAUCCUGGAAGUACGGAACAAGACUAUCCAGAUGCAGAAAAUCAAAUCUCGUCUUAAGGUUGAGUUUGAGGCUCUAGAGUCUGAAGAGAAGCAUCUUAAAGAGUACAAACAAGAAAUGGAUCUUCUUCUACAAGAGAAGAUGGCACAUGUUGAAGAGCUGCGCCUCAUCCAUGCUGAUAUCAAUGUGAUGGAGAGCACCAUCAAGCAGUCGGAGAAUGACCUGAAUAAACUGCUCGAAACAACUCGCCGCCUACAUGACGAGUACAAACCGCUGAAGGAGCAUGUCGACGCUCUCAGGAUGACACUAGGUCUACAUAGACUCCCAAACCUGAACGAAGAAGAGGAGAAGCUUUCCCUUGAUUACUUCGAGAAGCAGAAAGCAGAGUGGCAGAAGGAGCCGCACGAGCCUGCCAUCCCAGAAUCCCUUGCUGCCGCUGCAGCAGCUGCACAACAGCUUCAGGUGUCCAGGAAGCAGGAUGCACGCCAGACAGCUACAUUCAGACAACAACCCCCACCUAUGAAGGCUUGCCUCUCCUGCCACCAGCAGAUCCAUCGUAAUGCUCCCAUCUGCCCACUGUGCAAGGCCAAGAGCCGCUCCCGCAACCCAAAGAAGCCCAAGAGGAAGCCAGAUGAGUAGAUACCACUUUCCCUCAGCCUCAGUACGGUUUAAAGGGACCUGGUCAAAAUACACUGAUCUGAGAUCAGCCAUGUACAUCACAGUAUAUGGCUGAAGAAACAGAUCAUUGCUUCAGGAUCAUUUCCACCAACAGUCCCCUCUUUAAGAAAUUGUCUCGGUAUCUUUUACUCCAGCCGUCGAGUUGAUCAAAGGUCCAUUGUCUUUCAGUUGUUUUUAUCAGUGCUUUGUAUGACGUCUGUAGUAGCCUUACUAGCCUCUAACCAUGUAACUGCAAAAGGGACCUUGACCAAAAUCUCCAUUUGCUUUGCUCAUGUUGUUUUUGUUCAUUGCUUAGAAGUUGUACUGUACUGUGUAUCUUUUGUUGCAUUGCAUGUGUGCUUCUCUGGCUGUUUGUCGUGUGUUGUUGUGCCGAUAUAUAUGAAUCAGACUUAACUGCAAAUUCAAAUAAUCCCAAUGUUGUAUAAAUGUUAACAGUGUUUGAGUAACCACAAACUGAAAGGGAGAAAAAAGACCCAUUUGUUCUGAAUAGUGUUGUUGUGUGUUAAACUUUAAUACAGUGUGAAGAAAAUAAAUGGCUGUUUUGUAAUAACCUUG